GGGCCCAAGAGUCCAGUAGAACAUACUGGAAAGGAGCUGCUAGGAUGACUCUCAGUGUCAGCCUUAGCCAGAGCUACCCAACGGGAGAAGGCACUCAGAGGACUGCCAACCGUUAGGAAUGGGCCACUGGGCAGAGGACUGCCUGCUGGGAAGGGAAGUUGAACUCUCCUCACUGUGGAGAAUGAAAGAUGGAGCGGCCAAGCCCUCCCUUCCAUCCACCACCACCCCCGUCUGUGGGGCUGACUCAGCCUGUUCAAGGCCCAGAACCAUCUUUUGCUGGACUCCAGAGCCUUUGUCUGGUCAUGAGGUCUGAGGGGGUGGGGACAGUGGAUAAAAGGCCCCAAAGGCAGCGUCCACACCCUUCCACUGAGCUGCUGUCCACAUGAAGCCACCAAUGCAACCCCUAACCCAGGCCCUGCCCUUCUCUCUCGGAAAUGUCCUUCGAGGAACUGGUCUCCCGGUGCCUGUCAUUAAGAUGGGCACAGGGUGGGAGGGCUUACAUCGAACUCUGAAGGAAGUUGCCUACAUCCUCCUCUGUUGCUGGUGUAUCAAGGAACUGCUGGAUUAGCGGUGGCUGGGAACCUCUGUCACCCCUGGCACCCAGACCUGCAUCACUCAGCUCUAAGACUCCUGCAGCCAGCCGGCCUUCACCAAGGAUGGGCCUCCCACAAGUGAGGAGGCCAACACGGACCCUGCUUUGGGUUGUCCAUCUGUCUUACCUGCCUCAUCCUGGGGCACCCACCCAUCCCCAGCUCCAGUCUCCGGUGUGCUUCUGGUAGGCACGAGCUUGGCUUGCCGGCUAAGACUCCAUCAAGAUUGCAGCAGGAUCUAGUACUCCAAAACUGGCACAGUGGGCCCACAACUCAGAUGACUGAUCUUACCAUGCACUUGAAGAACCAGGAAUGGACUGCCCCUAAGAUCUCUGAUAAUCUCAGAACUACACAUAUAAUAAAUGAGCCUUGAGGCCAAAAAUUCUAACCGUCUAAUGCGCGCCCAGAAAGGGCUUUAGAGCCAGGGUGCAGGGCAAGGAGGAAGGGUGGAUCUCUGGAGACUGAUAACCAGGUUUGCUGACUCUGGUGCUGGGGUAGAAGAGCCAAGCAGAAGGGCCAGGUUCCUCCCAGCCUCUGGGUAGGGUGGGCAGAAUGGGCAGAGCCGCCUUCUGUGAGGCCCAGGGUGCUAGGACAGGGAUCCAAAAGACUCAGCCUUUUUCCAAAUAGGUGUGACCUGGGAAGCUCCCUGUCUCUAAGGAACAUGGGGAUGGACCAUCCUGAGCUAGUCCCCAGCUUGUGGGAGGAGUCCCAGUUCAGACACAGCUGUCAGAGUGGCCACACCAGUCCUUCAAGCCUGUCCCAGCACACAGGACACAGUCUGAGGAAGUAGGUUGACUCCUCGCUUCCCCUCAGCUGCCACCAACAUACGCUUUCCUUCCAUCAAGAGCAGUUGAUGGACGCGUAUAGAAUUGGUUCAGACCUAUCACACCCUCACCUACGUGGGGGUGGGGUGGGGGUGUCCUCUCUCUUCGCACCCUGGCCUAGCCACCGCCCACCUCUCUCACCUGCAACACUGACCUGGAGGUAGUGCAUAGUUCCUCUGCCUCCCCCUCUCUGCAGCCAGCUCUUACUGAGCCUUGUUCUCCGGCAACUCCCUUUGCUCUGGGCCUUUUGGUUUGUUGAUGGUUGUCUGGUUGGUUGGUUGAGUUGGUGUUGGGGAUCGAACCCAGGGCUUUGCAGCUACCGAACCUGCUGUACCAUAGUCCUGACUUCUGUUGUCGUGCGGAUGCGAUGUGCACGAGUUGUGGACCCACACUAGCUUCAGCACUUGGGAGGCAGAGGCAAGCAGAUUUUGAGACCAACCCGAUCUACACAGCAAGUUCUAGGCCAGCCGGG